GAAGGCGUGACCAUUGGAUACACAUACGACGCGUUCUUCAUAAGUGACGGUCGAUCCAAACGCAGAAAUUUGAUGAAAACUAAUCUUAAUAAUACAGCAGCAAUAACGACAGCAAACGAUUUAAAAACGCGCUACAAAUGCGCCGAAUGCGGCAAACACUACGCCACGUCGUCCAAUCUCUCUCGCCACAAGCAGACGCACAGAAGUUUGGACAGCCAGCAAGCGAAACGCUGUCCCCACUGCGGCAAGGUCUACGUUUCCAUGCCAGCCCUCUCCAUGCACAUCCUCACCCACGACCUCAAGUAUCAGUGCCGGGUUUGCCAGAAAUCCUUCAGUCGGCCUUGGCUACUUCAAGGUCAUUUGAGGUCACACACGGGCGAGAAACCGUUUGGAUGCGCGCACUGCGGGAAGGCAUUUGCCGAUCGGUCAAAUUUGCGCGCGCACAUGCAGACGCAUUCGAGUUUCAAGUUGCACACAUGCAAGAGGUGCUGUAAAUCUUUCGCAUUGAAGGCCUAUCUGAAUAAGCAUCAGGAGUCCGCUUGCUACAAA